AAAAAAUUUGUGGAAAAAAAUCCAAAAAAAUGGCCGCAGCUAGUAGAACCCCUAUUGUUUGCAUUUAGGGAAGUGCCACAGUCUUCAUUAGGAUUCUCCCCCUUCGAAUUAGUUUUUGGGAGGAGACCCAGAGGGAUUCUUGAUAUUGUAAAGGAGGGAUGGGAAAUAGAGGAACCAAAUUCACAAUCAGAGUUACAAUUUGUGUUGCAAAUGCGAGAGCACCUUAAAGAAAUAGGACAAAUCGCUAGAGAUAAUUUGGCCAAGGCACAAGCGGAACAGAAAUGGAAUUAUGAUAAGAAGGUGAAGGAAAGGGAAUUGGACAUAGGACAGAGGGUAUUAGUCCUAUUACCAGCUCAAAAGGCUAAGUUAUUUGCUAAGUGGCAAGGGCCCUUCGAAGUUGUCCGCCGGGUAGGCCCAGUAGAUUAUGAAGUAAAAAUGAGUGAUGCUCCCUUAAAGAAAAAAAUCUUUCAUAUUAAUCUUUUGAAGGCCUGGAGGGUCAGAGAGGCCCUUUUCGGGGAAACAGACGAGGGGCCUAAUGAAGAGGAGGAGUGGAUGAUAGGGCCACAAGUGGAGGAUUUCCGGGAGGUAGGAGAUAUUCCUGUCCUCUCGCCUCUGCAACAAGAACAACUGGAACAGGCCACCUGGACUGCCUCGCGCCGAUCAUCCCUCUUAGGGGGGGGGUUAUGUAGUGGAUCUGUAGAGAGAGGAGAGGAUGAAAGGGCGGAGGGAGACCAGGUGGGGGAAGGAGUAAUGGGAGAGGCGGAGUCAGGGGGUGGAGAGAGGUCUUCAAAAGAGGCAGGGCCAGGACGGGCGGGGAGAGGAGGAGGACGCGGAAGAUCUGAACGGGAAGUUGCGGCCGAGCAAGGGAAAGGACAGAUACAGCGUAGUCCAGGGCGAAGUGGGACUCCGGUAUCUUUGAGGCGAAGAGGUGGACGCCUGCGACAAGGGCCCCACGAAGAGGUACGUCUUCGAGACCCUAGGGAAGAGGGUGACUUCCCAUUCUCUGACGAAGACGCGUGGCCGGUGGCCCAAAGAGAAGACUUGGAGGGGGCGUGGUGGGACCCCAGAGGAGAGCGUUGGGAGGUGGGUCCCCGACCUCCUAAUAAGGAAAAGGCAGAAACUGAACCUCUCGAGAAGUAUCGCAGGGGUGUUACCUCCACGGAGGAAUGUGCUGGGCCUUGAAGUGAAAGAGCCCCAGGUAGUUUUGAGUUAGAGUCUCCUAUUGUUUUGGUGUUUGGGGAAGUUUAAGGUCCUUUAGGGGUCCUCUUGUUAAAGACUUGCACUUGGAAACUUAUUAAAACUUGUGUUAGCUUGCUGGCAAACCACGUGUCUUCUGGC